CUUGUCACGUGAUAAGUGUAUACAGACCUGUGUUUAACACAUCCUGAAACAUCGACUGAGUCAGGUGGCGAGUAGCUGUGAAUGUUAUACCAGUCAGCUAGACUGUGAGCAAGCAUACAAGGAAGUUGGAAAAAGCUGGGUGAUAUCAAGUGAAAACUGCGUAGAAAUACUUACAGGCGAAAAAUGAUAAAACUCAUCACCGUGGCUGUCCUUACAGCCAUUGUUUCUGCACAGCCAGAAGCAGGCAUGCGACCGUACGGUAAAGAUGAAGUAACUCCAGUUUCACUACCUCAGAAGACCCCCGCUAGGUGUACUACUAUAACGUGCUUCAAGCCACUGAUGUCCAACGGUGGGAAUGUCAGCCUUGGUGGACCGGAAACGUGGUCAGCUACAGAACUCAAGAACAAAUGCCAAAUGUUUUCGACCGCCAGGAGUUGCAUCAGUGAAAGCGUCGUCACAUGCCCUGAAAGCAUACAGACACAGUCUAACAUUUUUAUCCAAAUGAUUGAUUAUAUCUGUAAGGACGUAUUCGAUGAAAUGGUGGAGUUGUCCAGCUGCACUGGUUCUCCAAAAGCCAAGAGUGAUGUCCAGCAAUGUAUAGACGGUAUAGCACAGGCCCAGGCCGCUAUGCUGCACUCAGACACUGGAGUCAGUCGAGUUCAAGCCCAGUGCAGGAUCCUUAGCGAGUAUGAGGCGUGUGUCAUCGAUGUUGAAGGUGAAGAUUGUGGGGAGAGGGCCCAAGAACUCUACAUGCGCAUCUUUAAUAAAGUUAAUCAAAUAGUUUCUGAGGAAAUAAACUGUACUUCCGAAAACCAAGAACCGGAAACAGACAAUUUAUAUCCUAAGGAAGCUGAGGUGUGCGUGGCUGCAGCUUCUUCCUGUCUGAGACACUUGGAAACUUACAGGACAUCCAUGGCGGACUUCGAUGUGAACGAACUGCCAAAAAUCUGCCGUGCUUUCUCUGUGGCCGAACAUUGCAUGGACACAAAUGCCGCCGAGUGUGAGGCUACUCAAGAGUGGGAGAUACUGGGACAAUCCUUUGCUGCCAUAUGUAAUCCAAACACACUUAUGAUUUUGCAGCGCCCCAAUGCUUGUCUGAACAGCACAUUACUGACCAGCAAACUGGACAACUGUGAAAGCAGUGAGCUGCAAAGUGAGUCGGACCUGGAAGAUGAACGAACAUGCCAAAUUUUGGAGGAGUACUUGAGCUGCUAUGCCAAGUCAGUAGAACAAACGUGUCCCCCGGAAAUUGCCGAAGCUGUGGAAAGUGUCUUGGAAGGCGUCAGUGGAAUUAUUGAACUGGAAAGGAGUGUUGACUGUCAGCCGGAAAUCAAUGAUCCCGAGUCUGAAGAUGAACCCGAGGUCUCGGAAGAGUUGGCAGAAGAAUGUGCUCCAGCGAUUGCAAAGUGUCUACAGCCUUUGGAGCCACACCGGAAGGGCUUCACCAGCUUCCAGCUGGAGACGAUCCCACAAGUCUGUUCAGACUUCGGCCGGGUAGAGGCCUGUAUGGAGGAGACAAUGCAAGCCUGUGAGAGCACCCAAGAAUGGAAAAUCAUUGAAAAUGCUUUCUCUCAGAUUUGCAUGCCAGAUGUCACAGAAGGGGUGACUGACUGCCCGGUGCGCUCCGAUGUCGUCACGAAGCUGAGGAGUUGCGAGAAAGACGAACUGAAGGCUGAAGUCAAGAUCGACAAUGACAGAACUUGCCAGGUAUUACAGGAAUAUGUCAACUGCUACAGUAUAACGAUAGAUCGUGAGUGUGAAGAGAAGGAUGGGCAGCUGGUCAGUCAGGUGAUGUCUGGCGUGGCACAAGUCAUCCAGCUAGACAAAGAGGUCAUCUGUGAAGAUGUCAGCGAGGAAGACGGGGACAGCGACGAACAGGGAGACGAGAGCCAAGGGACCACCGUCAUUAAUGAUGAUGAGGAUGAGGAGGAGAGACGCAUGGAGGAAACCUGGGGUCCUCUUGCUCCCUGUGUGGGCUUCAUGGCUGAGGUACAACUUAACCCACUUCCCAUUCACCACUUUUCCACCCUGGCUGAGUUUUGCGAACAAGCACGUGAGUCGAGCGAAUGCGCGCAAGGCGAGCUGCAUUUGGCGUCCGAUUAUGUCCGCGAAAACUGGAAACAACUGAUGACAGCCGUAAAGUUUGUUUGCUUUGAAAAACGACAAGCAUUUAACGAGGUGUAUCCCUGCUUGGUGGAACGUGUGGAUUCAAAUACAUGUUACGAUGAAGUGCCUAUGGCAGAGACCGAAGACUAUGAUGAUGCUAAUCCCCUUUGCAGAAUGGUCAAUGACUUUGAAAACUGCAUCGCGUCUUUGGCAGAAGAAACUUGCGGAAUGACUGCUGGUGGUCUUAUGCGGGCACUAAGCGCCAAGAUGAACGAUCUCCUUGCCAAGGACUACCACAUAAGCUGCCCAUUCCAAUCCGAAAACAACGACCUUUUACAGAAAACUACGAAACGUCACAAGAUCAUAAUUGGUGUGAGUGUAGGAGGCUCCCUUGCCCUGCUUAUCGUGACCGCUCUGGUGGUGGUCAGUUGCUGGCUGCGUUCACGACGCUCUCACUCGCUGGACAAGAAAGAAUUGGUGAAGAACGAUAUCCUCCAGCAAAACAUCCAGAUCGGCUUGCAGAAAUCCGAUAAGAAGGACUCAGAUGUAGCUAUUCUGUCUGUCUCCAAGCUAGACAUUUAAAGCAACUGCUAAACCAGUGCUAAAAACAUUCCACUACACAUCUCUAAAAAAAAUCAAUUUGAAUAUCAACUUAAGUACCGAAAAUGCCUACUGUGGUUUAUUUCGUUAUAAUUAGGAAAACAUGAGCCUUUGUGUACUGUUUUUGUGUAUUGCCUGUGAGUUCUGAAAUGCGGAGGGAGGUGUCAUAAUAAAGACUAAACUGUAGCGCUGACCUCCCUUGUUUUAAAUGUACUCGAUGUUUUUCACACUUAUUGAACUUUGAUACAGCGGGUAAUAAGUGCUUAUUAUACAUAUAUUUAGUUUUUGAACCAUGUUUUUGUCACUUUGUUCUUUGUAUGUACCACUUUCUUUCAUGUGAAUCUCCCUGAUACUAUUUGAUUAAACCGUAUAAAAUCUCCUCACCACGUGUAAAGUGAACAAAUCUUUUACACUUGGAAUGAAAACAGAGCAUCGCAUCAUAUACUAAUCAGCUUUAGUUAAAUGAUUGAUUUAUUUACUAACAAGGAUGUAUGAAAGUACAUUUAAAAUUUUACUCGUUCUCUGAAUAUUACUGAAGCCAUUCGUCAGUAUAUCUAUGUCAACAUUUUGCUAUUUGACACUUUGCUAUUUCAUUUUUUGAAAAGUUAAAUAAAUAAAUGUGAUCAUUUAGUUUUUGGAAAUAAAAAGAUGUAUUUGGAAAUA